GACGAACUUGCUUUAAUUCAAUCAGAUUGAAACAAAAAGUUGACAUCCCGCUAGCAACAUGAAAUUCUUAGUAGUCCUUGCUGUAGCCGUCGCGUGCGCGAGCGCCGACGUGUCUCACGUUGUCAGCGCUGACUACAGCGCCCCCGUCGUCAAGUCCAGCUACGACAUCAGCCCCGAGGGUGCCUUCCAGUACGCGUAUGAAACCGGCAACGGCAUCUACGCCCAGGCCUCUGGAUCCGUCAAGAACCAGAACUCGGAAUACCCCUCCCUGGAGGUAGCUGGAGCCUACAAGUACACCGCCCCCGAUGGUACCCCCGUGGAACUGUCCUACACUGCUGACGAGAACGGUUACAAACCCCAGGGCGCUCACCUCCCCGUCGGCCCCGCCAUCCCUGAGUACAUCGCUCGCUCCCUGGCCUACAUCGCUGCUCACCCCCCACCAGUUGAGGGAGUCAAGUCUGUCCCCAAACCCGCUUACGGUUAAGAUGUCAACAACACCAGCUAGUACAAACCCUACUGCCAUUGUAUUGUAGUAAAUAAAGUUAUUAUUGUUCGUGA